AUGAAUCAGGUCUCGGCGAAGCCCAAGUUGAAGACAACUGAGUUUGUUGGGGGUGAAAGCAGGGGGGUGAGAUUUAUGAACAGGGCUAAGGGCCACCUGAGCGCAGUUACUAAAAAUGUGGCUAACGUGUCCAGUGCGGCGAACCCGCAGUUCACGCACAAAACAACUUUUGCGAAGAACUCGCACUUGAAACUGCGCACGAACAACCCCGUGUUUAAGCAACCACCCAAGAGCAGCCUUAAAAGUAAUCAGAGGAGCUCACUGAAGGUUUCUCAUGUCGAGUUCGCCAAGUAUAGUAAUAAGAAAGCUCAUCACAAUGGUGAUGAUAAUGGUGGUGAUAUGGGUGAUGGUUACGAUAACGACAACGCUGGUUCAAAUGAUUGCCUAAAUGAUGAUGCUCGUGAUGAGAUGAAUGAUAAGAUGCAUAAUCAGAUGAAUGAUGAGAUGCAUCAUCAGAUGAAUGAUGAGAUGCAUCAUCAGAUGAAUGAUGAGAUGCAUGAUGGGGUACAUGAUGAUGGCGGGAGGGAGGCAAAGCCGGGGGGGACGAAAGUUCCUGUGUCCAACGCCCGUAACGCGACAAACGCAGAGGGGAGAAAGAGUUACCUGAAUACGUUCCCUCUACGGAAAUAUAGAAUAGACAAGUACGGGGAGAGCGGGAAGACAACUACCAUCGGUAGUGGAAAGAACAACUACAACAGAGGUAAUCCUAAGCUGGGCCAGAAGAAGGUUCUUAGCCAGCCCCAGCAUUACGAGCGGGAGGAGGAUGGGGCGGGCGAAAAUGAAUGGGGGCGCAAGGCAGAAGACGCCAUCUACUCAUACAGUUCACCCAUGAAAAGAAAAUACGACACCAUGGAGAAGGUACACAGAGGGGCUGCCACCAGGAGGGGUAAGGGAAGUGAUAGCGAUAGUAACAGUGGGGGGGACAUUAGAGAGGCCUCCCACAUGGAGAGUGAAAAAGCAAGGAGGGACACAAACAUACAGAAUAAAAGGUACGCCUCAGAAAGUCUCCCCCAUGACAGUGGAAAUUUACAUUACGAUAAUAAUUUGAAUCCCGUCAAUAUUUCUAAUGGUACGAAUGAAAAGAUCAAUGCUUACGGUAGCAUGAUGUUGUAUUCCAAUGAGAAACUUCUAGGUAGCAACAACACGGGGCUUGGUGCACACCCAAGCCUAAACAGUAGUGGGUUCCAUGGGAUCAAUCAGGAGAACGGUGUGCUGAGCAGAUCCUACCAACCACUGAGUACAACAGGCGGGAACACAGCGGGGAAUGCUACCGAUGUGAAUGAGGGCGAAGGUAAUGUGAAGACCACCCUUUUAGGGAGAAGCUACGCGAAAUUCGAUCGACUGCGAAAGGGCGAAGCGAUGCUUGCCGCUCCGGCGCAGAAAUAUCAACAGCAAACUCAACAACAGCAAACUCAGCAACAGCAAACUCAGCAACAGCAAGGACAACACCUGAAUAACCCUCUCCAGUACCUGAGCAAGGACCCCAGGAGAACGCAUAGGCGGAGCAGACACACCAAUUAUAUAACGGACACGAAUAGCGAAAAGAUGAUGAAUAAUUCGAUGAGCAGCCACAACGAGUUGUUUAAUUCAUGUACAUUGGACAGACUCAGUGAAGAAAAAUAUAAUUCCUAUGCGAAUAAGAGAAGAGAUGGGGGGAUGGACACUCAGGUGGGUGAUGGUAUGGACGGGGGGGAUCUUGGCAUAAAUCGUAUAUCUAGUGUGAAUAGGAAUACCGCAUCUAAUGGUUCACAGAAAUUUUCACGGCUACUGAGGAACGACCCCAUGGGGAGCCACCAGCGGUUGGGGGUAUUAAGGAGUGACAAGGGGGUCUUGAAGAAUAGGCAUGUGGAGUCAAGCACUGUGGAGUUUCGCAAUAUGUCCACAUCGUUGCAGUACUCGGAGGAUCUCCCAUUGGGUGUUGGAAAGGGAGGGAGUGUACUUUCUAUGAGGGGAUUGGAUAAGCAGGAAGGAGGGGAUAGUGAAGACGAUUACUAUCGAAACGUGGUGGAGAACAUCACCAACUGCAGCAGUGAAGAAAACGACAUGAAUAUUUUAUAUAAGAAUAUAGUAAACCUAAAUGAUUCUGUAUUAAAGAUGGAUAAAGAGAAUGAAUGUUUAGAUGAAAUUAUUAAAACGAAUAACGGAAUAAGUGAGACAAUUAGAACUAUCCAACAUGUUGUCUUGACAAGGAAAAAAGUUAUUCAGGAUAAAAGAAAUUUGAUAAACGAAGAAUAUGAACUGAUUUCUCAGAAGUUGAAGGAAUGUGAAUCCAUUUUCUGCGAUUCAAAUGAAGGUGGAAAUGGAGAAAAAAAAUUAAAGGUUUUCUACGAAAUUGAUGAAAAGAAAAAUACACUAAAGGGAAAAUAUGAGAUGAAGAAAAUGCUUUUGAAAAAGGCCGAAUAUAAAAUCGAGAAGCUACAGGAAUACACAGAUGCAGUGAAGCUGAAGACUAUAGCCAUUUCGGAAAGGUACAAGAAGACCUUCCUACUCAUCGAGGAAUUGUUUCGGUUGAAAAUUAUCAAGGACACGGAGAAUGAGGUCCAGGUUUGUCUCAUUCCUAAGAAUACUAAGACGAACAUGUGGCACAAGCUCCAGUUGGACAAGAGGGAGAUGACAUCCGAUGCAUGUGAUUAUUUGUGGAGCCAGAUAGAAUCCUUCGUUGAUAAGGAGGCUCUCAACAGCUACCUCUGA